AUGGCGCGGCCGCACCGCCCCUUCCGGCAGGGACCCGGCCUUCCGGGCGCGGCGGGCCAGGCGGGCUGGCGGCCGGAACCCGGGGCUGCGGGGCCGUGGGAGCCGCGAGCGCCGCGAGCCCGCCCGGCGGAGGCCCGGGGCGUGGAGGGCGGGGCUUCGGGCGCCGGGGCCGGCCCCUGGGGCGCGGGUCGUCGUGGGGCGGCCCGGGCGCCUGCGCACCUCCGCGGCGGGCCGUCGGGCGGGGGCGGGACCCGAGGACGCAGCUUCGGCUGGAGCCCCCCCGGGUCCCGAGGCGGCCGCCGCCCGCGCUGCGCUGCACCUGCCGCCCCCGCCGUCUGGGCCGCGGGAGCCCCAGACAGCCCCCCCCCGGAUGCAGCCCGCCGCCCCGGGAGCAGCGCCCGGCCAGGAUGCCCGUCCCCCGGCCUUCCGGGGCCGGCGUGCGCGCGCGCGGAGCCUCGUACCAUGGCCGCAGGGGGGCUCGAGCUGGCCUGGCCGCCCCUGCGCGUGCAGGAGCCUCGUGGACGGGGGGUGCAGGCGGUGCCGCAGGAGGUGCUGCAGACCUCUUUGCAAGAGGAUUCAUCAGUUGUCUUAAGUGGAUGAAAGAAGACGAACUGCUAUCUGGAAGAAAUUAUUCUCAAUAUCUGAUACAUGAAAGGCCAUUAGCCCUAUUUUCCUAGAUGAAGGCAUGAAAAUCAGUUUCCUCGUAGAUCCUAGAGGACAUAAAAUGAUAGAAGUGCAAAUAGCCAGUGGAUAUGGAAAAGUAUGUUUAGCCUCACGUAAAAUCAACGAAAUACAAAUUAAAACACGUGUUGGCUUUUUGGUUAUUUUUUUCCCAUCCAGUUACUAAAAAAGCCUGACAAAAUCUAG